AUGACCUAUCGUGUACGGUUUGAACCAGUGAUCAGCUUCGCCGGCGCAUCCACACCGACGCCAGUCAGCGCCGCUCCGACUCAACUCACGAGAUCUAAGAGUAAGCUCGGGUGUCGGCAAUGUAAAACAAAGCGAGUGAAGUGCGACGAGACGUAUCCGGUGUGUCAGCGUUGCAUCCGACAGGGGUUAAUUUGCUCCGCGCCCUCGCGCCUGACUCAAUGGCAGCUGGAGAUCCCCUGGUUCUUGCCGACUGUAGACUCGGUCGUUCAUCGACGGUUAUUUCAAUAUUGGCUUGAAAGAGUCAGCCAACAGCUAGUGAUUGAUCCUGAGGACAACCCGUUCUCUUUCCCAAUCCUAGAAUACAUCGCCGAAUCGCCCGCACUGGUGCAUAUCAUCCAGUCCGUGAGCGCACGUCACGAAGUAUAUUACUCGGCUGAGGCGACGGUGACCGCGCUAGAAGAGAGAGGGAAUGCACUAGUGUCAUUCCGGGCGGAACUGGAACGAUCACAGACGGAACCGCGCGCUUCCCUGCUAACGGCGAUGUUAUUGGCCUUAUCGCAUGGCGCUGAUCAUGAUGACAUGGCGGACUAUGGGAAGGAGCACAUCUUUGCGGCUGGCAUACUGGCUAGGCGAAUUGUCCGAGAUAUCUCCCAGGACUCUGAGAAUGAUUACAUGGCCCGGUUGUGCUUUGGCAUGUAUCUCUACAUGGACAUGUGCUCCGCCUUUCUGGUAGAUUCUACUGAACAACCACAACGGCCGUAUUCCUUAGACGUUUCUAUCGCAGUGCACAAGAUGGGAAGCUGGCACCACCCCAUGUACGGCUCCUGUACCGAGCUUCUCUACAUUCUCGCGAAUAUGGGCCGUUAUUGCCGACGAGCCCUCGACUCGGAAACACACGACCGCCAGCAAGAGGGCAUUCUCGAACAGCAAAUCUUGGGGUGGGACCUGUCGGCAGCAAAUCAUUCAUUACGGCUUUUGUAUGAAUCACUUCGGAGCCACGGCCUCAUUCUUCUCUAUCGAAUCAGCGGAUAUCAUGGCCAGUUCAUAAAUCCAGGACUAGCGGACCUCCCCAUGGAGGACCUGAUCCACCGAGACGCUAUCAGAACAAUCAAUCAGCUCCUGGAAAUCCCAAACUCGUCAAAUUACUUAAACUUUCAGACGCUUCCGAUGCUCACUGCGGCGUCGGAACUUGGCAUGAACGAUGGCCAGCUGCAGGAUAAAGUACGACAGAGAUUCAAAGCUAUCUAUUCCCUGAAUCGCCUGCCGGCUAUUCUUCAAGCAAUCGACCUACUAGAAGAGCUAUGGACCACUCGCACUUAUGGGGACCGUUCUUCGUGGCUAGACUUCAUGUUGAAAAGAGGGUGGAGAUUGCAAUUGGGUUGA